GUCACGAUCUUAGUUGAGAAUUUCCCACUUACUACAUUCAGUAAAUCGUUUUAUUUUUGACCAAAUAAAAAGAAGUACCGAAGGAUGUGGUUUGAAAUCUUACCUUCAGCAGCUAUUAUAACAGUUGCUCUUUCAAUUCCCACAUUUGCCUUGUAUGGUAUAAACAAAUUAGUUUUGGGAAAUGGUUACCGUAGAAAUAUGGACGAACGUUUUGCUCGAGUAAUGUAUCAAAGAGACGUUAGAUUGACUGUGAAUCCAUACAUCCAAAAUGGAUUGGAGGCUAUUCCAGAUAAAUAAAUUAAAAACAUUAUAAAUAUCUAGUAAAGUUUAUGAAGUUAAAUAAAUAUAAUAAUUAAUUUGUAAA